UACUUUUUAUGACAGCCCCUGAAUACAGCAUGACACAACAACGAAAAUGGCGUGCUGUGGAAGAUGUUUUUGUUGCCAGUGUUGUUGUAGAGAGGGAGAGACACGGACCCCAGAAGAGCUGACAAUCCUUGGGGAAAUCCCAGACGAGGAACAGAUUCUACCCAGGAAAGACUAUGAGAGCUUGGAUUAUGACCGCUGCAUCAGUGAGCCUUAUGUGGAGGUCCUGGAGGGGAUGGACAACAAGAAAGCCAAAAAAUAUGAGGCGGUGCAUUGGAUGAUGGUGUUUGCGAUCGGGGUCACAGUGGGCCUGCUGGGCCUGUUUGUGGAUUUUUUCGUACGCCUCUUCAACAAACUAAAGUUUACUGUGGUUGGUGAUUCUAUAGAGAAGUGCAGUGACAAAGGCUGUCUGUCUUUGUCCUUGCUGGAGCUCCUGGCGUUCAACAUGACCUUCGUCUUCAUUGCCAGUGUACUCGUCCUCAUCGAGCCUGUGGCUGCAGGAUCAGGGAUUCCAGAAAUCAAAAGUUACUUGAACGGAGUGAAGAUUCCUGGAAUUGUUCGACUACGAACUUUUCUCUGCAAGGCUGCUGGAGUCCUGUUCAGUGUAGCUGGAGGUCUCUUUGUGGGGAAGGAAGGUCCAAUGAUCCACAGUGGAGCCAUCGUGGGAGCCGGCCUUCCUCAAUUUCAGAGCAUUACUUUCAGGAAGAUCAAAUUUGACUUUCCCUACUUCCGCAGCGACAGGGACAAGCGAGACUUUGUGUCAGCUGGUGCUGCUGCUGGAGUAGCUGCUGCCUUUGGUGCGCCAAUUGGUGGCACCCUCUUCAGUCUGGAGGAGGGCUCGUCAUUCUGGAACCAAGCCCUUACAUGGAAAGUGCUCUUCUGUUCCAUGUCGGCCACUUUUACUCUCAACUUCUUCCGUUCGGGAAUCAACUUCAGCAAGUGGGGCUCCUUCCAGCUGCCUGGCCUCCUGAACUUUGGAGAGUUCAAGUGUCCAGAUGGAGACAAGAACUGCCACCUGUGGACAGCUGUGGAUCUUGCCUUCUUUGUCCUGAUGGGUGUGGUGGGCGGCCUUCUGGGGGCGCUCUUUAACUGCAUGAACAAGAACCUGGCCAAGUAUCGCAUAAGACACAUUCAUCCUAAGGCCAAGUUUAUCAGAGUUUUAGAGAGUCUGCUGGUUACCAUGGUGACAACGAUUGUGAUUUUUGCGGCUUCCAUGCUGGGUGAAUGUCGUGACCUGUCCACUCCCACAGCUCACAACACCACGCUGGCUGGCAGUGAGGACAUCAACUCAACCAUUCGACAGUUCUUCUGCUCAAACAAGACCUACAAUGAUAUGGCAACACUGUUCUUCAACCCACAGGAGGCAGCCAUCCACCAGCUCUUCCAUCAGGAUGGUACCUUCAGCCCUGUGACUCUGUCAGUGUUCUUCUUCUUAUACUUCCUGCUGGCCUGUUGGACAUAUGGUGUGUCUGUCCCCAGUGGCCUUUUUGUCCCCUCACUGCUGUGUGGGGCAGCUUUUGGACGCUUGGUUGCCAACGUGCUCAAAGUGAAACUGGGAAUGGACAUCUACUCAGGAACCUUUGCUCUCAUUGGAGCUGCUGCCUUCCUUGGAGGUGUGGUCAGAAUGACCAUCAGCCUCACUGUCAUCCUCAUUGAAUCCACCAAUGAAAUCACAUACGGGCUGCCCAUCAUGAUUACGCUAAUGGUUGCCAAGUGGACUGGUGAUUUCUUCAACAAGGGCAUCUAUGAUAUACACAUCCAGCUGAGAGGAGUGCCUCUGCUCGAGUGGGAGACUGAGGUAGAGAUGGACAGGCUGACAGCCAGUGAUAUCAUGGAGACCAACUUGACUUACGUGUACCCCCACACCCGAGUCCAGUCUCUAGUCAGCAUUCUGCGCACCACGGUCUACCAUGCCUUCCCCGUAGUUACUGAAAACCGUCAGAAUGAGAGGGAUUUCAUGAAGGGCAACAUCCUGAUCAGCAACAAUAUCCACUUCAAGAAAUCCAGUGUUGUGUCACGUGCGGGCGAACAGCGACGGCGCUGCCAGUCCAUGAAGUCGUACCCAUCGAGCGAGCUGAGGAAUGUUUGCGAUGAGCAAAGUGCUGCAGUCGAACCUUCAGAAGAGGGAGAAGACCUGCUGCAGCAGAUGUUAGAGAGGAGGCAUGCUCCCUACCCUAACCUGUACCCAGACCAGUCUCCCAGUGAGGAGUGGACCAUGGAGGAGCGCUUCAGGCCGCUAACCUUUCACGGUCUCAUCCUUCGCUCCCAGCUGGUUAACCUGCUCAUACGAGGGGUGUGCUACGCCGAGAACCAGUCGAGCACCAAUCAGCCUAGGCUGUCGUAUGCAGAGAUGACUGAAGAUUACCCACGCUACCCUGACAUCCAUGACCUCGACCUCACUCUGCUCAGCCCUCGCAUGAUAGUGGAUGUCACCCCCUACAUGAACCCGUGUCCCUACACUGUUUCACCCAAUGCCCGCAUCUCCCAGGUGUUUAACCUCUUCAGGACUAUGGGCCUGCGACACUUACCCGUGGUUAAUGCUGUUGGAGAAAUUGUGGGAAUAAUCACACGACACAAUUUAACCCACGAGUUCCUGAUGGCCAAACUGCGACAGCACUACAUCACCAUUUGACCCAGCUGCCUUCCCUCAAACCUCCUCCAUCCCUGAUAGUGUUCUGACACACACACAUGCACAUACAUCCUCUGUACAGUAGGGGGCGUCGUUAUCCAGGUAACGAAACCUUUCAGCUGUCAAUCACUGCAGUCUUUUUGGUCUUCUUCAGUCCAACCUCCAGUGUGCUAACACACACACACACACACACACACACACACACACACACACACACACACACACACACACACACACACACACACACACACACAAUAAACCAUACAUAAACCACAGAUAUCGAUGCUGAUUAUUCAAGAACACUUGCUGUGCAUUCAAGCUGUGAGCCGCAGAGAGUCAUCCUGCCAUCUGAUGAAACAGCUGCAGAAUGAUUGAUAGCAUUAAAAGCAUUACACACGUUAAUGCGAGAUUCUCACUAGUAUUCCGAUAAUUCUCAAGGACAUUAUGUGUUCCCAGAGGAGGAACAGGUCCAUGCACGUCCACCUUCCUACAAAUAUUUAACUCUAGAAGUGACGGCAAGGAUUUUUCUGUCAUAUAUAAACAUGAAGCAGCUUGUUUAUCCAGUGAGAAUGCACCAUUAACCCUGUCGUCAGUACAUUUGGUGAACAUUUUAUCAUCUUAAUUUGUCUUUUGUUUUGCUGAGCUUCCAACGUGUCUCCACUGGUUAAAGAGUUGAUACUAAAAAGAAAGAAAAACUCAAAGACCCUACAGUACUAGAGGGAGAACCCCAGCAGUCAGCAGCAGCAAUGGUAAGAAGGAAGAGCCCCCUUUAAACGGGAGAGAUCUUCGUGUGGUUUGAGGGGGGAAACCAACCGAACAGCUCUUAGACAGAAGGAAGAUCUGCAUCUUAUAAUAAAUUCAAACUAGCAUGUCCGUCUCACUCUAAUCAUCUAAAAGCAGCAGCGGCUUCAGUGUGUUGCUGAUUGUUUUUCUCGCAGUUUGAGGCACAGGACACAAACUUCCAAAAUGAAAUGUCAUCUACUGAGGAUUCCCGAAUGGCUUCAUGACUGAAUGUUGCUUUUGAUGUUUUGAUUUUGCUUUAUCACUAUAGCACUUUUAUUUUUGUCUGUAUAUUAUUUGAAUCUUUGUGAUGAACUGGAUAUGUGCACUAAAAGCAGGCGGAUGUCCCCACGGUCUGACACUAACCCAGAGCUCAGCAGUAACGUUGUGACCUUGUUGCACAUGCCGUACUGUAACAUUUGUGACCACUUGAGCUGUCUGUAAAUCCAUGUUUGCGUUCACAGAGUUCAGUGUUGGACUUGUGAGGGCUGUGAUGAUCAGGUUUCACUGACCAACGUGUUAUGUCAUUUAAAUUUUUUUUAAUGCAGAGCCAUAUUUUAGAAAAACAAAUGUCUAUUAUGUAUUUUGUUUCUCAUACUAUUACUUUUUUCAACAAUAUGUUUCUAAUCUGAUUUUCCGGUACAUCAUUUCACUGUCAUUCCUAAAAGGGACUAAUGAUGUGAGUAAAGGCAAGUCAAAGAGGUGAAAUUCCUUUAUGUGUAUGGUUAUUUUAUUAUUGGCAAGCACAACAGCACACGUGUACGUCAAACAUUUCUUAUUUUAGUGUAGCCUCUGCGCUGUGGUUUAUUUUUAUACAGUUUUAUUUUUAUGAUUUACUGACUCUAGUCUGAAUCGCUCACUGAUGGGCCGAGGCUGUCCUGGAUCGUGGUCACAUACUAGAGAACGCGCGAUGUAAAACCAUUCUUAUGUUGCCCUCUGUUCUAUGACUUCAUUGUGGCUUAAAUAAAGACCCUUGUUUUGUG